CACGGGGCGUGCGUGGAUGGAUUCUCCCGCCGGGCCCGCCGGCGUGUUGAGUGUUUCCAUGUGAAACGGAGAUUUUGCAACAGUAGCGACGGGCGCGGCAAACCACGUGGAGCCGGCGGCAGAGCAGAAGAUGUCUGACAUCGGAACAGAAGAGGUUCAGGAGUUCCCUCAGCACGAAGGAGCUGAAACCAUCCCCACAGCAAGCGAUGCUUCUGAUCUCCCAGACAAGAGCGACGAGGCAGAACCUGCUCAGGAGCCCGCUGAGGAACAACAUCCGAGCACCAAUGGAGUUCCUGGCGUUGCCAAGGCAGCGUACCACGACGGCGAAGAGGCCCUGGACCUCAGGGAAGACGGCUGCCAGCCGGGCGAAUACGGGGGCGCCGACAGCAGUGGCCUGGCGGAGAGCGAGGGCGAUCACUUCAGCCGCCAGUCAUCUACAGUCGAUGGUAUUAGAACAGCUAAUGGAAAACUGACAUGUGAUAUCUGUGGACUCUCCUGUGUCGGACCUAAUGUCCUCAUGGUACACAAGCGAAGCCACACUGGCGAGCGCCCGUUUCAGUGCAGUCAGUGCGGUGCGUCGUUUACCCAGAAAGGAAACCUCCUGCGCCACUUAAAACUGCACACCGGCGAAAAACCCUUCAAAUGCCACCUCUGUAACUACGCCUGCCGCCGCAGAGAUGCACUGUCGGGUCACCUGCGCACACAUUCCAUCGACAAGCCGUACAAGUGCAGCUUCUGUGGACGGAGCUACAAGCAGCGCAGCUCUCUGGAAGAGCACAAGGACCGCUGCCAUACCUACCUGCAGGGCAUGGGGCUCAGCACUCUGGAGACCGAAGAGCUUCAACAGCAGAGCCUAAAGGCAGAGAUGGGAUCGGAGAGAGCCCUGGUGCUGGAUAGACUAGCGAGCAACGUGGCCAAGAGGAAGAGCUCGAUGCCCCAGAAGUUUAUCGGUGAAAAGCAGUUUUGCCUGGGCUACCCGGACCUGCAGUACCCCCCGACUUCGUCUUACGACAAGGAGGGAGAGAUGAUGCAAACACGCUUCAUGGACCAAGCGAUCAACAACGCCAUCUCCUACCUGGGGGCUGAGUCACUGCGGCCCCUCGUCCAGACGCCCCCGGCCCCCACUUCCGAGAUGGUGUCUGUCAUCAGCAGUCUGUACCCGUUGCCCCUCACCCGCAACGACGCCCCGAACGGCCACGCCCGGGAGGCGGCGGCGGUGGCGGAGAACAGCGGCCCCCACCCGAAGGCGAAGUUGUCGGAGAGGGGGACGUCGCCCAGCAACAGCUGCCAGGACUCCACGGACACGGAGAGCAACCACGAGGAGCGCCAUGGGCAGGCCUACCUGCCGCACCAGGUGAUCGGGGCCCGCUUCAGGAACGGCCUGGCCGCGGCCAAGGAGAGCCCGAGGCCCUUCGAGUUCCUCAAGGGCGCCGCGGGGCCGGGCCGCGAGGCGCUGAAGGUGAUCAGCAGCGAGGGGGAGCCGGUCAGGGUGUACAAGUGCGACCACUGCCGCGUGCUGUACCUGGAUUACGUCAUGUUCACCAUCCACAUGGGCUGCCACGGGUUCCGCGACCCGUUCGAGUGCAACGUGUGCGGCUACCGCAGCCAGGACAGAUACGAGUUCUCCUCGCACAUAGCCAGGGGGGAGCACGGCUUCUGCAGAAAAUGAGAGCUCCGGAAACCAGUUUCGAUUCAGGGACCAGCCAGGGGGAAUUGGGAAAAAAAAAUCAACAAAAAUAUUAUUUUUUUUAAAAAAAAAGAACUCGAGCUUCGCUUUUAUAGUUUAACGCUGUGUUUGAGCGCCUCAGUGUGUGUGUCCCCUGUGGGCGCUGACGGCCCGGUCACGUGAGGGCCACUAUCUUGUAGCAGGGGAAGAAAUGGGCGACACAACGAAGAGUGACUGCGUGGUGCAGAGUAACGCACGCACACGCACACACACAAAAUGCUGGAGGAGCUCAGCAGGUCAGGCAGCAUCUACGGAGAGGAGUAAACGGUCGGCGUUCCGGGCCGAGACCCUCCUUCGGGGCUGGAAGAGAGAAAGUGGGGGGGAAGAUGCCGGAAUAAAAAGAUGCGGGGGGAGGGGA